UAACAGUGUGCUAGAAGGGCUGGCUAACAUGCAUGAAAAAUCGAACAUUAUGUUUUUCCGCAUAAUGAAUGCCCUUGAGAGUCUGCGCGACACAUGCAUGAAACCGCACUGCAAAUUUGGUCACGACGAUGCCAACAUGCCUGCAAUAGCUCCUGAGUCCGAAAUUGAGUUUGAAUUUAUAUGGAAUGCAGGACAUAGUGGGCUCUUUUUCAACGACAUGG